AUGUCCCUUUUUCGAAGAAAUCAAAGCUUUCACUGGAAGUCACUCACCGAUCUAAUUGAGGACUCGAAUGGAAAUGGAGAGGAUGAAUAUACUGAAGAUGAUUUCUUCACUUCACAAGCCAAUAUCCAAAUGAUAAAAUCUGAUGAAUCUGUAGCGUCAAGCAACAAUCAAGUUGUCGAUAUGGACAUUGUUCAGCCACACAACAUGCUAAUGACAUUCCAAGAUCGGGUUCAACAAGAAAUAGAUCAGCCGAUACGACACAGUUGCAAGUUUCGAAUGGAAACGGGGCUUGAAUGCGAUUCGGCCGUUCUGGAGAGUGAAUGGUUGAAGCAUUGCUUUAUCCACAUGAAAGAACCAGUCUAUCGAUGUAUACGCACGUGUUCGAUGAAGAGCCACUCCAAAGAAGCGAUGCAGAAUCACAAGACCAGUGAGCACAAAGUUUUCACCAAGCCAGCUUUUAACAAUGAGUUCAAAGUGAUCAUGGAGAUGCAAAAAGUCGCAACAGAGGCAUUUCCGGAGUUGAAUGAUCAAGUGAGAGAAUGGGUGAAAGGCCAAAUUGAAGCGGGGAAUUCGGAUUGGAGAAUGGAUUCACAAAAAAAGAAGAGCAAUGUUCCGCAAAAUGUUGUGAAUCAAAAUGCAAGAUCGAUUCCUUCAAAUGGUGGAGAGGUCCCAGCGAAUCAUCGGAUGGAAAUGAAUCAUGGUCCUACUCAAAACGUCCGUCCUCCUGUGCCGGUUUCAAAAUCGAGUACAUCAGGCAUUCAACCCUCAAAUCAACCAGUUGAGAACAGAGAUAAUCGAUUUAAUGCCCAAAAGCCUACAGCUCCAUCAACCUCCGGACAACCACAACCACAUCAACACAUAGAAGCGAGGUGGUCAAAUUCCGUUCACUAUCCAAGUCCAGGAGCAAUUCAGCCACCAAUCAUCCCGGAACCAAAAACAGAUUGGAAAUGCAAGAAAUGCUAUCACUAUACCGAAGCCACCCUCGAUUCAUGUUGGAAACACGCCAAGAUGCAUGUGAAGCAAAAGUACGAUGGUUGCUCGAAAAGGAGUUCACCGGAUUUGUAUCGUGAGCUUGAUAAACAAGAGUCACAAGAACUGCAAGAAGAUGUUGUUGCCCAAAUAUCAAUUGAGAAUCGAAAAACCGUUGCCCUAGAAGAGCCUCAAACCGUUUAUGAGCACGUCACUCCUCCACUCAUCGACAAUCUUCCAUCGCUCAAUGAAACAAAGACCAUCUCAGUUUCAGCUUUACCGGGUGUCAUAAUGAAAAAUUAUCGACGAUAUCUACAAGAAGAUGAACCGGGUUUUUUAAGAGACGAAGAGGUUGAGCAUGGCGGUGUUCGUGAUGAGGAAGUGGCACAGGAUGAUUUAUUUACUAAAGUAAUCAAAGAUGAGGUAAUGGAUCAGCUUGAUAUGAGUGAACAUGAUGAAAAGGAAAAUGGAGAUGAGAGAGUGGAGAUGAGAACGGGAAUGGUCAAGGGUUUGUUGAUUGCUGAUAUGGAUCUAGAUGGAAAAUCGCUCGAUGGAUUUGAGGAAUAUCGGGCUCGUUGCGAAUACGAAGAACACAGGGAAUUCUUCAAAGAACCGCGUGAUGAACGAGCCGAGCAAGAUGCCAAUGGGAGCUCGGUCAACGCUGAAGUUGAAGGAUCUUCAAAAAGUUGUUCACCCGCUUCCAAUGCAAAUGACGAUCAAGCGCUGUCUAGCCCGGCCUCUGAGCAAAAUAAUACUAAAAUUGCGCAAGAAAUUGACGAGCUACAAAAGCUACGAGAGGAAUUGGACACAAAGAAUCGAGGAAUCGCUGAAAAGAAAAAGGAAAGAAAACCAUUGCUAAUGCUGGAUCCAAAUGCGAUUAGCAAAGAGCAGAAGAUCGAUGAAUUGAAGAUGUUGGAAGCUGCAACUACUGAAAAUCUGAAUAUUCAAGAAGAGAGGAGAGCGCUGGAAGCGCUGGAAGCGCCGGAAGCGCCGGAAGCACAUCUUGCUGGAGCGCCGAAAGCACAUCUUGCUGGAGCGCCGGAAGCACAUCUUGUUAGAGCGCCGGAAGCGCAUCUUGCUGGAGCGCCGGAAGCACAUCUUGCUAGAGCGCCGGAAGCGCAUCUUGCUGGAGCGCCGGAAGCACAUCUUGCUAGAGCGCUGGAAGCGCGUCUUGCUGGAGCGCGGGAAGCGCAUCUUGCUCUUCAACAAGAACUGGCUAAGGAGGCUCAAGCGAGUACUCGGAACCUCAGCUUUGUUAUGCAAGAACUUACCGAUUCCGAUGAGAUGAUCUCACUUUGGAAGCAACUACUAGAGGCGGAUCCAACGGCGCAAAAUUCGACGACAAUUCUGCAACAAAAAGAGCAAGAGCUCAAAGAUCAAGCGUUAACUCUUGGAUAUAUGAUGAUUGCUUUGUUCAAAUUGAGGAAAAAGAACACCGAACCCAAGAAA